AUGGUAACGGUCAGAAUCCAUAUUGAUGGUUGGCAUCAGCACUACGGCAUACGCAUUGAUCUCGAGCAGAAUACGGCUGGAAUGACCGUUCUGCAAACUUUUGGAGAGAUCGGCGUCAUCAUCGUGAUCUCCAAUGUUGCUGUUCUAUGCGAGACUUUGUUCUGGGGUGAAUCCCUUCUUCUCAGAUUCUCUCCAACAUGGCCGGAUCUUACGCGCAGCUGCUUUAGGCGAAAGGGUUUAAAGUCCAGACUCAACCUAGUCAUGCUGAUCGCGACGGUGAUCAUGUUCAUAUCGGCGAGCAUGCAGCUGGCGCUCGACAUCUUCUCCCUUAUGGUCGUCAUCCAAGGCGCGCUGAUCGACCAGUCGAUACCGAAUCUCGAUUCUCGGUUGGUGGCGGUGACGAAGAUCACGUCGAGCUUUGUCUCGAAUUUUUUAGAUAUGAUCAACUCAUAUUUUAAUGGAAUUGAAAGUGGCAUGUUCCAGUUCAUGCUUAGUGACAUGAUCGUGGUCUGGAGAGCUUGGACAUUGUGCAGCGAGAAUAGGAAAUUAAUGGUGGGCCCGUUACUCACCCUCUUGGGAUCCAUCGCAACCGCUAUCGCGAGCAUGGGAGUGCAAACCAAAGUCCUCUUGAAAGGUAGCAUAAGGCUGGGGCAGGUCGCGGGUGCACUGCAGUACGCAUCAUGGGCCCUGUCGCUCGCCACCAACCUGGCGACGACGUCACUCAUCGGCUAUAAAGCAUGGAAGCAUCGACAGUCCAUCAAGGACAAUCUCGGUCAGGGGAACUCAAGGACAAAGGUAGAGAAGAUCAUGGCGCUUCUCGUCGAGUCUGGUGGAAUUUAUUGCAUCUUCUGGAUCACUCUCCUCGUCACCAACUUUGUCACCAUCAGAGUAUUUGGCCGUCCCCACAGCGUGACGGAUGUCAUUGUUCCCAAUGCUGUCCAAUUAGCCGGAAUCUACCCCACCGUCAUUCUCGUCCUCGUCAGUCUCGAAAAAACGAUUUGGGACUCGCGCGGCAGCGUCGUGGAAUCUAUUGGCGGCAAUAGUGCACACAUGGAAUUCGCCCCUGGUCCGGGCAUCGUCUCAAAAACUACGGCGAGCCGACAUCAGAUCAGUGUCAUCCAACUGGAUACUGGGAUGCAAUCAGUCGAUUUUGAGAGAGACGACUAUAGGGACUCGAUUAAAGCUUCAGUGUAA